CCUAAACUCUAUUUUUACACCCUUUUUUUUUAUAUAUACGUCAAAUGGCUAAUACUCCUCAUGGUGGUGUCCUCAAGGACUUAUAUAUUCGUGAUGCCAAUAAGAAUGACUCUCUUCGUAUUGAAGCUAAAACCUUACCUUCUUUGGUUCUGACUGACCGACAAUUGUGUGAUCUCGAAUUGAUUUUAAAUGGUGGUUUCUCUCCUCUUGAAGGUUUUUUAAAUGAAAAGGAUUAUAAUGGUGUUGUAGAAAAUAUGCGGUUAACUUCUGGUUUAUUAUGGUCCAUGCCAAUUACUUUGGAUGUGAGUCAAGAAGAAAUUGAAGCUAGUCAAAUCCAACCUCAACGUCGUAUUGCCCUUUUGGAUCCUCGUGAUUAUGAAGCUUUGGCUAUUUUGACUGUGGAUGAUAUCUAUGAACCCAACAAAUCCAAGGAAGCUGAAUAUGUAUUUGGUGCUGAUGAUAGUGCUCAUCCUGCUGUCUAUUAUCUUCAUAAUAUUGCCAAAAAAUUUUAUGUUGGUGGUUCUUUAGAAGCUAUUCAAUCUCCUUCUCAUUAUGAUUAUGUUGCUAAUCGAUAUACUCCUAGUGAACUCCGUGCUCAUUUCAAGAAACUUCAAUGGACUCGUGUAGUCGCUUUCCAAACACGUAAUCCUAUGCAUCGUGCUCAUCGUGAAUUGACUGUCCGAGCAGCUCGUCAACGUAAGGCCCAUCUUCUUAUCCAUCCUGUGGUUGGUUUGACUAAACCUGGAGAUAUUGAUCAUUAUACUCGUGUGCGUGUAUACAAGGCAUUGAUGCCCAAGUAUCCUAAUGGUAUGGCUGAACUUUCUUUAUUACCUUUGGCUAUGCGUAUGGGUGGUCCUCGUGAAGCUGUGUGGCAUGCUUUGAUUCGUAAGAACCAUGGUGUAACUCACUUUAUUAUUGGCCGUGAUCAUGCUGGUCCCGGUAAGAAUUCUCAAGGUGUUGAUUUCUAUGGUCCUUAUGAUGCUCAAGAUUUAGUGGAAAAGUUUAAGGAUGAAAUUGGUAUUGAAAUUGUUCCUUUCCAAAUGAUGACGUACUGCCCCGAUUCUGAUGAAUACUUACCUGCUGAUCAAGUUCCUGAAGGUGUUAAGACUCUCAAUAUUAGUGGUACCGAAUUACGUCGUCGUCUCAAGACUGGUUUACCUAUUCCAGAAUGGUUCUCUUAUCCUGAAGUUGUCAAGGUUUUACGUCAAUCUCAUCCACCUCGAUCUCAACAAGGUUUUACCAUCUUCUUCACUGGUUUACAUGCUUCUGGUAAAAAUGCUAUUGCUCGCGCAUUACAAGUAUCUUUGAAUCAAGAAUCUUCUCGGUCUGUGUCUUUAUUGAUGGGAGAAAAUGUGCGUGCGGAAUUAUCCUCCGAACUCGGUUUUUCCAAACGUGAUCGUGAUAUUAAUAUUGCUCGUCAAGCUUUUGUUGCCGGUGAAUUGACCCGUGCUGGUGCCGCUGCCAUUGUUGCUCCCAUUGCUCCUUAUGAUGAUGCUCGUAAGCAAGCUCGCAAGACCAUUGAAAAAUCUGGUGGUUUUUAUUUGGUCCAUGUUGCCACUCCUUUAGAAGAAUGUAUUAAGCGUGAUCGUGAUGGUGUCUAUGAAAAGGCCAAGAAGGGUGAAAUUAAGGAAUUUACUGGUAUUGAUGAUCCUUACGAAACUCCUGAAGAUGCUGAUUUGGUUGUGGAUAUUACCAAGCAAUCUGUAUCUCAAGCUGUCCAUGAAAUUGUUUUAUUAUUGGAAAAAGAUGGAUUUGUUGGCUCUGCCUAGAAAUAGGUACAAAUUUAUGGGGGAAAUUUAGUUAGAAAAAAAAAAGUAGUAUAGAAAGAUGACUGUGUCAUUUUACCCAUACUUCUUUAAAUGUAGACUAUUUUUAUUUAUAUAUAUAUAUCAAUUUUUAUUUAUUUUCUUUUCUUGUUUUAUUAGUAUUACUAUUUUUUUUAUUAUUGUUUAUAUGUAUUUUGAAUAAUAAGAAUAAAAAAGAAAAAGAAACUUUAUUUGUUU